GAGAAGUUGUUACUACUUAUAAUCACGGUUAAAAUUUAACAGACGUUUGUACAACCGGGUUAUAAUGUAAUAACAUUACAGAUAAUGCAUAUCUAAAGUGAGGUCUAUGUUAUAAUGGCAGUAGGCUACCGUUGAUUAUCAUUGAUGCUGCUAUUUAUUCAAGUAUUCAUUUACAACAAUAUGGAACAACUAGCCUUGCAUAUCAGUCGACAAAGCAGAUAGCAAUAUCCUUCUCUAGUCCCGCAACGUUGCCAGAUCGUUUAUUAACAAUUUAGAAAUAUAAUUAGUAUAACAGAAUUGGUUUCAUUUAUGAAAAAUUAUCAAGUCAUUAUUAUUAAUGAAAAUAUGACGAUUCCCUGGUUAAUGACUAUGGAGAAGACGAAACAAGUAACAAGAUAAAACCACAAGAGAGUCACGUGACAAGCUGCAGAUUACUAUUGGUGUUUGUUCUCAUUCAGCUGGAAUCGAUUGGCAAGGAAUUACAAAGUGGCAGAUCAAACAUUCUCCAAAAGCCGUUCAAGCACAGGCCUUCAAAACCCGCUCAAGCUCAUAACCCGUUGACAUUAGAGAUGUAUCACCCGCAAACAUCAGAGAGGAACCGCGAUUAUAAAGGUUCCAAUCGUGGUUGAUAAAAGCAAUCUAAAGUAAUUGUCGAACAUACAAGCGGGUAAUGACUUGAGCCUCUUGUUAUCAGUGGGAACUCGCCACGCCUUUCUAACAAAUACGAUAUUACCAUUAACAUUAUUUAUUUCGAGGAUUGUUUAAGGGACAUCUUGUUCUAUUUUAGUUCUAAAGAACUAGUUCAGUAUUUUUUUUGUAGUUCAAACUAUAACGAAUCUGCGCAGUGUACACGCAGUGUCCGAUACCACAAACGUAUCGAUAUUUAGUAUCGGAUCGAAACAAAAGUAUCGAUAGUGAAGUAUCGAGACAACUCUACGUCUACGCAACGCAAGUACGCAUGCGCUAUUAUUGUCAAAACUCAAAGAUAAAACUUUUAUGCAACAAGUUUCAAAGUAUUUAAUAUUCUUCUUUUGUUGUAAUUUCUCAUGUUUAUAAGUUAAUCUACUCAAAAGAUUGAUUUUUAAAAAUUACCCGUGUUAAUUCAAUGCCAAAUUUAAGCCAUUUUUACGAACAAGUAUUGAAUUCAUUUCCUGAAGUACAUAUCUGCGUUUUUGGUUAUAACCUACAAAUUUUAAUAAACAGUUGGUGAUACAUGGAACUAUGGUUAAUGGCUGAGAACGGCGGCAUGGAUAUUGUGAUUGCUAUUGGAGCAUUGGCCAGUGUCUUCAUUGGAGCAUUUGUCAGUCUAGUCAUGGUCUGUCGGCAUCGCACUUUCACAAAUAAAAACACCGCUUUCAUCUCAAAAGUCGCCGAACCCAAAGGAAUACAAUUCGACAACACCACUCUUCUGGGAUCGGAUCUUGAGUUGGGAGAAGUGCUGCUACAUCCUUAUAUUGAACACAUUCUACUCACAGAGAAUUGGACUGCAGAUGCUUCUGAUCUGAUCACACACUGCUUGGAAAUAGUGAAACUAUGUAGACAUGUAACCAACACUAUAGCGGCCUAUUCAGUCGGACAUCAUAACUCCCAAGCUCUCUAUGAAAUUGUACAGGUGGCGAAACAAGUGUCAGACUGUGUAGACGAUGUGGUUCGCACAAUGUACUGUCCGCCAGUACUGGACGCCAGUCUACUGGAAGCUCGCUGUCUGGCGCUAGUACUUACCGUCACUCAACUCAUUCUCGUUGCGAAGCACGGGCUGCUCCCUGCUUCCCCCUCCACCCCCGCUGCCGUCUGCGAGCGUGCGCUAGAACAUAUGCGCAAACACCUUACGGUUCUGAGAGAGGCGGCCUUAGUUCGUGAAGCAGCCGAACAUGAUGCAAAUUCUUCAGUAUUGCUAUAGGCUACUUCGUACUGUUUGCUUUAUAAACUCACAGCUAGCGCACAAGUUUAACUUUGCUGGCUGUGCCAAAUCAUUUAGAUCUUAGAUGUAAUAUCAACUGUUCAUAUUUUUUGGUGCCUAAUAAAAUAAAGAAUUGUAGUGGAGAGUUAGGGAAUGCACCUUUUUGGAACAAUAGCCCAGUGCACUGUUAGCGCGGCCCCGUCUCCUUUCUUUUGCCCGAUUCAAUUUUGUAAUAUCCAAGGCGAUCAGCACGCAGAUGCGUGGACUUUCUGCGAGGAGAAUUCUUUUUCCUUUCUUUUUCAUCCAUGCAAAAUGGAUAUAAUAUAUAUUUGAAGUAACACUUGCCAGAAUGCCUUAUUUUAAUCAAAGGUGAUUUGUAAUGGCCCGAUUAUGAUGUCCCCGUGUGAUUUUUUCUGUGAGGUUUUUUCAUAUCCUAUAUGUCAACCGUCCAACGACCUUCAAAGAUUGAAAGAACAUCGUAGGUCUACAGGAAGAAAUUUCCAACCUGCAAGGGUAAAUCAAAUACUAGGGUAAUAUCAAAUACUAGAAAUAGAUAAUUAUUUUAAGUGUAUCCCGAGUGGACGGGGGGAGGUCAAUUUGAUGAUGUGCUCUUCAAAUCUGCAUGAAACAAAACUUUAAAUUAACACUUUCAUUCUGAAAAUGAAAUGAAAAUUUUCUGACUUACUGUGUGUUUUGAAGGAAGUUUUGAUGCCGCACUCUAUAUAAUGACUUGACUUAUAUUUUCAUAUAUUUAUGCAGGUAGGCAGAUUUAUAUUUUCAUAAUAUUUAUGCAGGUAGGCAGAUUUAUAUUUUCAUAAUAUUUAUGCAGGUAGGCAGAUUUAUAUGUUCAUAUAUUUAUGCAGGUAGGCACGUUACGAAACGGUAUCAUGUUUACACAUGGUUGGUGAAAAUCAUGGAAACAGCUUGAUAUUUCUUUCAAAAGGAAAGUUUGACGAUAGGUCUGAUUAGGAAUCCUAUUCGAAUUAGAAAAAAAAACACUUUUCUGUCGCUUCAAAAUUUUGGUCCGGUAUUUUGAAUCCAACUUCAUUCUUUUAAAUGGAAAGUUGGUAAUAUGAUGCAUGAUUUAGAUACAGAAUUUCAAGAGAAAAGCUAUUUCACAUUUUAAAAUAUUAAUAAAUCAUACUUUCAAACUUUUCUGUUAAAAUUGUUAAAUAUGUGAUUGGAUGUUACGGUAAUACUGUAAAAGUAAAAUUUGAUAGUUUAGAAUUUUUUAGAUUUUCAUGAACUCAUUUAUUUCAUUAUUGUAUGUUUCAUUUGUAUUUUUAAAUGUGAAUAACCAUGUAACGGAUUGACUUAUUGAUUUGCGGUUUUCGCCAUUAAUUUUAUCUUUAAAUUCUGUAUCGAAAUCAUGUAUUGUAUUACUACCCCUUCCUAUCUAAAAAAAUGUAGUUGGAUUCAAAAUGACGUACCAAAAUUUUGAAGCGACAGAAAAGUAGUUUUUUUUUUAAUAAUAUAGGAUCCCCCAAUUAGACCUAUUGUCAAAUUUCCCUUAAAAAAAAAAUAUAAGUUGUUUCCGUAUUUUUCACAAGCUAUGUAUACAUAACUAGUACUUUUGUUUUGCCAGUGUGAAGUAUUCAUUUAAUACAGUAUUCUUAGUAAUUUAUGUUGAUUUGUAUUAUUAUUCGUUAUUUUAUUAUUGUUUUGUCAAAAUAGAAACUGAUUUCAUUGAUUGAUUUUUUGAUUAUUAUU